AUGUCGCGGUUACUCUCAUCGGCGUUCUCGCUGCGUCGCGAUCCUCGAAUCCUGAAGCUUCCCCCUUACCUGUCCUUCCUUUGCAUCGCGAUCGGGGUCGUCUGGCUGUUUCUUCUCCCUCUUAACGAAUACUCGCGACGGACGUACAUCUCGGAGAACGCACUGCUGCCGGGGCAGGUGCAUACAUACUUUGGAGGGAGUGAACAGAACAUCUUGCGCGCGUAUCGUCAUGAGGUUGAUGAUGUGGUGGGCAAGAGCAACUACGAGAUUAACGACAGGCUCGAUGAGAUCCUAACGGGUGUUGGCCUCAAGGUUGGACGACAGAACUACACGUAUCACUCGGCGGGCCACGAAUACUCGGGGCAGAAUCUCUAUGCUAUCCUCCAAGCUCCCCGAGGUGAUGCUACCGAGGCCAUUGUCUUGGUUGCUGCGUGGAAGACUAUCGAGGAGCAGCUCAACCGCAAUGGGGUGUCCUUGGCCUUGACCCUGGUCCGUUACUUUAAGCGUUGGUCACUCUGGUCUAAGGAUAUUAUCCUUGUUGUCCCCCCAGACAGCAAGACCGGUACCCAAGCUUGGGUUGAUGCAUACCACGAUGCUCACAACCCAGACCUUGUGGCACCGCUGCCUCUCAAGUCUGGGGCUCUGCAGGGCGCCAUCGCCAUCGACUACCCCCAAGAGGAGAGGUUCAAGGCAGUGCACAUCAUCUACGAUGGUGUCAAUGGACAGCUGCCUAACCUCGAUCUCAUCAAUUCCAUCGUCAACAUCGGCGGCGGCCAGAUGGGUAUCCCCACCACCAUCCAGGAGAUGACGCAGCACAAGGGGAGCUACCCCGAUCGUCUGCAGACCAUGCUGCGUGGUAUGCUCAACCAGGGACUUGGCUACGCGGCCGGUGCCCAUAGUAGCUUCAUCCCUUACCACGUCGAUGCUGUAACACUGCAGCCCUAUGGUGAGGGAUGGCAUGAUGACAUGGGUAUGGGUCGUCUUGUCGAGGGUUCGUUCCGAAGUCUGAACAAUCUUCUCGAGCAUCUGCAUCAGAGUUUCUUCUUUUACUUGCUGAUGCAGACGGACCGGUUUGUCAGUAUCGGUACUUAUCUGCCCAGCGCCAUGCUGCUGGCUGCCAACUUUACCAUCAUGGCCAUCUCCCUCUGGGUCAAGAGCGGCCAGUCAUCGACAGUAGUGCAGAAGCCCAAGGAGACCAAGGGAUCUGCCUCGGCUGCUGAGACUUUGCAGUCCGGAAGGGAUCUCUUCUUGCCGCUUAUUAUUGUCGCCAUCUGCCAUGCUCUCCCAGCUGUGCCUCUUUACACCUUUAACCAUCUGCCUGCUGGCCUACUUCCGCCUGCCUUUGCCAUCUUCUCCGUCGUCUCGGCCGUCCUCCCUUUCGUCAUCUCCCGCCUCCUCUCAAUCUUCUCCAAGCCCACCCAGCAGCACUUCCAGAUCACCAAGUCCUUCUCUCUGCUCGUCCUGGGCAUGUGCCUCUCCACCCUCGCCACCCUCAACUUCUCCCUCGCCUUCCUCGUUGGCCUUCUGGCCAGCCCGCUGAGUUUCGUCCAGCCUGUCAAGAACCCUGUCCUUCGGUGGUCUGUGGCCGGCCUGCUCAAUGUCGUGGCGCCAUCCACGGUCAUUUACGCCGCGGCUCAGGCUUGGGGAAUUAGCAUUACUGACCUGUUGAGCGAGGCAAGCUUUGGCUGGAACGUAUGGGGUAUGUAUACACCUGUGGUGGUUUGGUGUUUGUGGUGGCCUGCUUGGCUCGUGGGAAUGAUCAACGUCUUUGGAGAGGUUUCGGCGUAG